GAGCGGGUGUUCGCCGCGAUUUACAAACUCGCGCCGGUGGAUAUUAAAGCGGGGACCGACAAACGUGCCGUCCAGUGGCAGCGUUGAAAGGAAUACUUUUCUAGUUGCGAAACCUGAUACGCCGAGCAGUGCCAGGAUAAGCUGAGUUAAUCAAACAAGUGUAACGUUUGGACAGUGUUGAAGAUAUGCUUUUCGAAUAACGACUGUAUUAGACUAGGUAUUAAUAUAUUUCGAAUGGUGAUUCGAGCGGUGUCGUUCGAGCAAUAUUAAAAUAGUUUUGUACAUAAGUGAAAUGAGAGCAUUAUACUCUUCGAACUGUGUUGCGUUCUUGUGUUCGUGAAGCUAAAUGUACUAACCAGUAUUGUGUUCCAGGAGUAGUGUUACUUUUUUAACAUUUUACAAAACAUUUUACAAAACCGUGUUGCCUUUUAUGCUGUUAAAAUUUCCGAAAAUCAGAGCGAAUAUUUUCUGAUACUGUAUACAUUAAAAGAAGAAGAUUCGUUGACGUUAUGUCGCGUAUAUUUUUUGGAGACAUAUAUUUCUUUCCUUGCGUCGAGUUUUAAGCGGAAUCAAAUAAAAAUUUAGUCUUGAAACGCGUAAGUGUUAAUAAAAAAAAAGGAUAUCUGAAGAGUGGAACUGGAAAGACUUCGAUACCAACGUCUGAUGACAGUUGACUUCAAAUUUUCCAAUUCAGUAUCUCAGAAAUACACAAUCAAUACCGGUACAUCUAAUUAGAAUCGAUGCAAAUUCGAGUUGAUUAACCAGCACGUGAUGCAUUUAACCACAGUCAAUUAAAUAGCAAACUGACCUGAUACACAUUGAUCAGAAUCAAUCGAAUCAGUCGCGGCCGUGCAUAUAAUAAAUAUUAAUCGGAAUCAAUCGAUCGACGUACUUAGUAUCGAACAAAAUUGAUUUAUCAGCAUUUAAUGCCCGUUAAUACGCUCGAUAGACGCAUAAAAAAUAACUGAGUAUCCAUUAAUCAGUGGAAAGCGAGUAGAUCUGUGAAGUGCAAUUAAUCAUCGAGCAUUCGGCACAUUAGGUGCUUCCUUCAAAGCGAAUUCAGAACGCGUUUCGUCAUCCGCGAGUGCCUAAAUACAAAAUCGUUUAUCCGUACUAUUCUAAUCCUCGUCCUUGAGGCACCAAACCUGAAACCGAGGGAAACCGUGUUGCCGUUGUUGUCUCCUCGGUGGCCGCUCUUGGAACUUGGCCGUGGCCGAUUGAUCACGACGGGGGCCACUUACUUCAACAACAAACACACUAUCGCGGAGGAAGAGUUAAGAGGUCGGUCGGCGGCCAAAAAUAAGGGGGAGAACGAUCGAAAGAACCGCCAGAUCGAAGAAUAUCGUUUGCAGAGCGAUUUCGUGACGCGCGGCGGACGGGACGCCGAUCUCUGGCUAGUCUCACGAACCGAGGGUACAAGUACACGAAAAUAUUCGCAGCUACUAAAAAUUCCCCCUUCAACCUCACUCGCGGUUAUCUGGGGCCCGAGAGGGUAAUAUCGGACCGAAUUCGCGGGAAGGGCGAGAGGUCAUCGACCUCCGGAUGGCAGAGCUGCGAUUCGAGUGGCCGUGGGAGAACUUGAAGAGGCGAAAGGAAAGCGCGCGUCUACCUUCUGAAGAGAGAGAUUUCGCUUAUCGGAACGCGGUGGUACUCGAGGGCUAAUUUUAGGCCCUUUCGGAAGACGAGGCUCGCGAGAAGACUUUCAGGUCACUGUGAUGAUCAACCAUCAUGGCGUGGCCGGCAGCGACGACCCUGACGAGUCUCCUGAUGCUGCUGCUUAUGACGUUCGCGGCGAGUUUCUCGUCCAGGAUCAUCGCCACCACCCAAGCGCCUUUCGGCAGAAUUCUGAAAGCUGUGAAACUGCACGGAGGAUACAUGGAGGUGAUCCAGGAACAAAGGUGCUCCCACGAUGUGCUCAGAUUGACGUGCAGAUCGUUGAAAGCGUUCAUUUUUAUUCUGGAGGCGGAAUACCACGCGAAUCAUACGGAGCUCUGUCAAGACGAGUCGAAAAGCUUGAAGGAGCUCAAAAUGUGGACGAACAAAGGUAGCACGCGACGCUGGACGAACGCGAAAGGGCUCAAAGGGAACUACAUUCUCGAUGACGAGGAGGACAUUAUUGAUAUCAGGCCAUCCUUGAACAACAGGUGCUCCGGUCAGAAACACUGCCGCUACAAUCUCAUUGCCGAUCGUCCAGCAGCACAUUCUUGGAUUCCAGGUGGAAUUUCAUUAAAGUACGCUUGCAUACCAGAAGCUGCGGUUAGGCCAUACUGCAAUGAGGACGUGAAGGUAAUCGGCGAAGGCGGUUACAUCCACACCCCGGGUUAUCCGCUGUACUACCUCGGGGAACCGUGUGGGUGGGUCUUCACGACGUAUCCGGGCCAGAGGAUACUCCUGACCUUUCACGACUUGAAUAUCCGUGGUCCAAACGCGGAUGGAAGCUGCGUGGACAUCGUGAGAGCACGGGAACGCGGCAGCACUCUCUUCGAGUUCUGCGGCACCGUCGCGGGCGCGCAAGUGCUCUCGGACUCGAACGAGCUGACCCUGGAUUUCGUCGCUUCGAGGAGGUUUUACAACGCCCGGGGUUUUUUGCUGCAGUACCAAGUGCUGGGCUGUCCGGAGGUCUCGGCGCCGAACGGAAGUUACGUGUCGAACGGUACAUUGACUUCGCGGACAUUCCUAUGCAAGUCGGGCAGCGUGUUCCCCGACAGCAGGGAGAGAAAAAGGACGCUCGAGUGUAGAAAUGGCAAAUGGAACGAGACCGCCGCCGAGUUACCCGGCUGCGUAGCCACGUCAGCGGUGAUCGUCAAGUCGGAGAGCGAGCACCAUCACCUGGCGAGUCUCUCCGGGGACAAUAUCCACGGGACGGGGGUGAGGAUAGGACGCGGCGAGGACGCAGUCGCGGGUGGUAGCAUCAGCCCCGUUAUGGAUUCGGCGCAAUCGGCCAUGAUGAAGCAAGCGGACUACGUCGUAGAUGUUGUGCUGCCAACGGUCCUAAUUGCUUUGCUAUUCGUCGGCAAUGCGAUCAUCGUUUAUAUCAUCUUCCAGUUUAGAAAGAGAAAGCUCUCGGCCACGACGCAGGGCGAAGAGAUGGCCCUGCGGGGCCCACCUGACGUGCCCAACGUGUGAUUCCAGGGGCUCGGACUAAUCGCGCACAUGGCCACCGGUACGGACGAAACGUUUAUACCGAUGUCCACGUGGAGCUCGGGGAUUAUCGCGAAAACGCCGCAGGAUCGUUCCCCGAAGGACCCCAACGUCCUUACGAUGAUGCCGUGCAAUUAGCAGAGAGGCCUGCGCCCGAAGAAACGAGGAGAGAUCCGUCUUUUCGCAGCAUUCUCGAAGUCGUGCGCGUGUACAUCCUGUAGCGCGCCAGGCGCAGAACUAGACUGCUCGAAUUUCCAAGAGAUCUUUCCUCCGCCUAAAUUCAGAGAAAUAAAUUUUUUUGUCGGACGACGCUACGCUUGACAUAAAAAAAAACGCGCGAAGAAUAGAAAUUCAGCCGAGAUCCUGUAUUUCUUAUUCCUCGUACGUUUUCUGCUAAGCGUAUCUGAUUGAUUGCCAUUUCACGUUGACAGCAAUAUGCAACCCUAAACACACUACAUUCGCUAGGAUUUGUUUUGAGAAAUGACAUUCAAAAAUGUAGCUGCGCUUAGAGCAACAUACGUUGUCAAAAUAAGGCCCAGUGUCUCAUGAGAGCGUAUUAAGUAUAAAUGGACUGUAUUGGUUCGACGCCAUGUAACUCGCGAGCCUAUUACAUCUUACACGUAUGCAUAUUUACGUUACUCUGUAUUAUAAUGUAAGGAAAUAAUAUAUUCUAUACUUCGUCCAAGAUUGUAGAUAAGAGUUAAUAAUAAAUCAACCGUUUUCGUA